GAAAACAAAAAGGGAAUAACACUUGCUGCAUGCUGGUCUCCCUCCUCUCUUUUGUUACCUUUAUUCAUUCUUUCAUUCAAAGAUAACAAGAAGAGAAAACCCUAGCUAGCCUCCACCGCCGCCGAAUGAAGUGAUCGGUUGCCGCCGUCCGUGGCUGUCCGAAGAGUUUCUCUUUAUACUGUCGGUGUUUUUCCAAGUCAGAUCCCCUAUUUGAUGUCUUCUUCAUCACUCAGCGCCCAUCCUCCGUCGGAUUCUUCCUGCUGUUCGCGAUCGUCUUGUCGCCGUCGUCUCGGCGUCAUUAUCUCGAAGAUUAUAGAGAAAAAAAACCAAUAACUUGAAACACUUGCACACAAACAUGCCCAGUCCUAACAACAGCUUCCCGAUGGAUCCUUUCUUGGGUCCUUUUCCUGUUCUCAGAACCUUGGUUGUAACCAUGAGAAAAAAUGGAUAUACAAUAUGAUUUGUUAGAGAUGAUUGCACCGCCAAAAGAGAGCUGGAAGAUUCAUGUCAGAGUAAUCAGACUCUGGUCUUUACCAAAAUUCAAAGACCCCAAGUCCAGUAGCUCUAUUGAAAUGGUGUUGAUGAAUGAGCAGGGAACAACUAUGCAUGCUUCUGUAGGUGAGGAUUUGAUAUCUGUGUUCGAGUCAUCGAUAUCGGAAGGAACUGUGUAUGUUUUUACAUACUUUGGAGUUAACAACAACUGUGGGUUGUAUCGCACAACAUCGCAUCAAUUUCGGUUGUUUUUUCAAGAUAGAACUACUGUCUUACCCUCUUUCUGUGAUGCAAUACCGUUACAUGGUAUUAAGUUGGUCCCUUUUAGGGAAAUUAUGGGAUACUCUCCUCAUCAUCCUUUUUUGGUUGACGUUGCUGGAGUUAUGGCCGGCGUGGAGGGUGAGAGAAAAUACAUGAACGAUGACAAACUUAUUAACAUGAUGGUCAUUCAUAUUGAGAAUGACGGUUUACGGCUUAAUAUUAUUGUUCUUGGAGAGAUGGUGGACCGGAUCAAGAAUUUUCUAGCAUCGGGCGAUCAACAACUGCCAAUAGUUAUUUUUCAAUUUGCAAGAGUAAAAAAUGCUGGAGGUACCAAUAUUGUGCAGAACAUUAUGUAUGGUACUAGACUCUUGAUAAAUCCAGAUAUUCCUGAGGCUUUGAUGCUUCGAAAAAGAGAGAUCUCGCAGUACAUGUCUGUGGUUUCUGGCAAACCAGCAUAUCUUGAUGAAGAUGAAGUUUUAUAUUCCAUUGGGAGGAAAACAAUAAAGGAGUUACGUGCUGCUGCGGAUGUUGGAUUCUAUAUUGUUCGGGCCACUGUUCUUGAUGUUGAACCCGUUCCAAGUUGGUGGUAUAAAUCAUGUGUUUGCAGCGUGAAGGCAGAAGCUAAUGCGGAUGAAUACUUCUGCGAUGGCUAUAAUAGGGACGUGAAUAAUGUGGUUGACAGGUAUUACUCUAAUUAGAUUUAUUUGUGCAAUCUUUUCAUAAAAAUGCAAUAUAGUUAACUAAUUGAUUAUGUUGAUUUUUAAUGAUUUAGCAAUAUCUGGCUUAAUACUAAUAUUUAUUAAAAACAAAAACUGCUUUGGUUGAUGGAAAUCUGGUUUAGCCACAAAAAAAAGGAUGGCAAACAAAGAUAGAGUGCACAGAAAAAAAUUCAU